CUCUUGCAUACAUCAACAUAUUUAAUUACUAGUAUUACCUAGUAUUACUUUCAUUCCGAAAUAAACUAACGUAAUACAUAACAUCACAUAUCGUAAUUCUAAGAAUUUAGAUAAGUAUUUGUUUAUCAAAUUCGUAACAAUAUAAUAUGUCAUAUCUCGUACUAGAUUGAUUUAUUUUGAAUUGAAUGAAGUGUGUCUAUGAUAUAUUACGAAAGUUUGACAAGUUAUUUAAAAAGUAGAUAGAAUUAAAUAGGAAGAAGUUAUGAUUGGUUAAGAAGUAAAGCUAGUUAGAAAAAGUGAAUGAUGAAUGAUGAGGGUUAGUAAUUGGUUGCGAAAAGAAUGUAAAUUAUAAAUGCUAGGAGUUAUAAGCGUGAUCUCUCUCCAACUUUUAAUUGCUUGUUGUCGAAACAAAACAUUUUUUUGCGGGUAACUUUGACAGUGUUGCAUGAAUGCAUUGUGGCAUCCCAAAAGCCAAUUGCUGUUCGUAUAGGUGUGGUAGGCAUCCCCGCACAUCUUUCUUGAUAGAAAAUGAAACCUGGUUUUGUUGAUGCGUUCUGCCAUGUUGGUGACGGCACUGCUUGUGCCAACCGGUAUGACGGCAGCAAAGUAUCUAGAAACUCCUAUUUUCACCCCAGAAUUCUCGUUUAUUUGGCAGAGGUUAUUUGGUACUAGGAACUGUGAAAUCCCUGUGAGGUAGGGGUGGAGCUGGCUCGUGCUCGGUUCGUUUGAGAUCGUUGUCUUAACUCGGCUCGUUAAUGUUAAUGAGCUAAAAAGCUAGUUCGGCUCGGUUCACGAGCUAGCUCGUUAGGCUCGUUAACGAGAUAUAUCUCAUUAAUACCAUAUUAAUAAUUUUAAAUUUAACAUUUUAUUAUGUAUUAACAUAAUAAUAAACACUAACUAAUAUAAUACUCUCUAAAUAUGAAUAGUUUUGAUGUAAUUAAAAGACUAAACACUAGUUCAUGAAGAUAUGAUGAUAUUUUAUACUAACGAGCUAAACGAGCAGUUCACGAGUUAGCUUGUUAAGCUCACGAGCUAAAAGGCUAGCUCGACUUGACUCAUUAAGACUACGAGUUCGAAUCAAUCCGAGCCACGAGUUUUGAGCUUUUUAUCCACCCCUACUGUGAGCGCAAGUGCACCACCAUGCCUCCGAGUUGAAGAUCACUGGUGAUCAGUAGUCACAGUUGGUGGGUAACUUCUCCUGGAACAAGACGAAGGUUCUGACUUUUGACCAUCGCAAACCAUCGCAAUCUUAUUUGACGUGAGCCAGACGAGAGUGCGACGUGCCAGUUCACAUAAAGAACAGGUACCAAGACGCCUCAAAUCUUUGACUUGUACCAAGUGUUUGCCCGAAAUUUCCUUCGGGCUGAGCCGCCACGGAAGGAGAAAAGAAAAACCAUAACCCAUAAAUUCCUGAAACCUGACGCCAUGAUCUGUCUCAUGAAUUCUUCUCGGCCGUCCUCUCUUGACCUAUAUGAAAACAAUCAAUGAGCCGUGCAGUGACUUAAUCGCCGUCUUAAGUAGUACUAGUACACUCAUCUGGUAUUGCAUUUCUCGUCCAUACAUCUACCCAGGCAGGCAGCUAGCUAGUAUCCUCUUCCUCUCCCCUUUUCUUGUUGCUCUUCAUCACCAGUUCACCACACCUUUGAGAAGAUGCAUCCCCUAUGUUCGUUGCCAUUACUCAUCAUCAUCCUACUCUCAUCGGUGCCACCUUCUAUGCAAGAAUCCGGUGCCUACUUCCGGUACACAAAUUGUACCCCAGCUUCUUACCAGUGUGGAUCACUCAAGUUCGAUGUCGAUUACCCCUUCUCAGCGAAUGGCGUCCACCGUCCAGACUACUGCUCUUACCCAGGAUAUCGCCUCAUCUGCAGCCCAGACAACAAGCUCAUGAUCCACAUGAAUUCCACCGCGUUCCAGGUUACAGAUAUCGACUAUGGCAACAAGUUUCUUGCGGUCAUCGAUCAAACUCAACCUCAGGAGGCAUGCCUGGAUCGCUAUCACAACACCACCAUCGACGAGAGCAAGUUCAUGUACACAGACCGUGAUCAGUUCCUGACGGUCUAUGUCAACUGCAGUGCCAACUUUUCCUCUCUGCCUCUUAUCUAUGAUCUUGUGUCGUGCGUUUCUGGGGGAAGCUCCUACUAUAGGUUGCACAAGAACAAGGAUGACUCGUUGGAAUCAGAUAUUCUGGGAUCAUGCAGCUCAACUAUCGUUGUUCCAUGCAACUCAACCAUGGCAGGCUCAUUGGCUGCUGGAAAUUCUAGCCUUGCGGAUGUGAUUAGAGGAGGUUUCACGGCGAGAUGGAAAGUUGGGCUAGGUUGGUGUAGUGAUUGUAAGGCUUCUGGAGGGCAUUGUGGGUUUAAUGGCAGUUUUCCUGAUCAGUAUACAUGUUACUGCCCUUAUGGUCAAGCUAUUGGAUCAUGUUCUUCAUCAGGAUCAAAGAAGUCGAAGAAAAAGGCUAUUGCAAUAGCAACCUCCAUCGCCUCCGGUGUUCUGUUCCUGCUUCUCCUCGUUGUGUCCUUCUUGUACAUUCGCAAGAGGAGACAGUACAAGAUGACCUCGUCGUCGAGGCUGCUCAAGUACACCACCUCCGGCAGGACGCCGCGGUCGAAAGGCAGCAGCGACAAGUUCGUGGAGUCCGGCAGCUUCCACUACCUGCAGACCCACCACUUCGCCUACGAGGAGCUCGAGGAGGCCACCGACGGCUUCAGCGACGCCCGCGAGCUCGGCGACGGCGGCUUCGGCACCGUCUACAAAGGUGAGCUCCGAGAUGGACGCGUGGUGGCCGUGAAGAGGCUGUACAACAACAGCUGCCGGCGAGUGGAGCAGUUCGUGAACGAGGCGGCGAUACUGUCGCGGCUGCGCCACCCGAACCUCGUGCUGUUCUACGGGUGCACGUCCAGCCGCAGCCGGGAGCUGCUGCUGGUGUACGAGUUCGUGCCCAACGGCACCGUCGCGGACCACCUGCACGGCCACCGCGCGCCGGAGCGCGCCCUGACAUGGCCGCUCCGCCUCAACGUCGCCGUCGAGGCCGCCGCCGCGCUGGCGUACCUCCACGCCGUCGAGCCGGCGCCCAUCGUGCACCGCGACGUCAAGACCAACAACAUCCUCCUCGACGCCAACUUCCACGUGAAGGUCGCCGACUUCGGCCUCUCCCGCCUCUUCCCGCGUGACGCCACGCACGUCUCCACCGCGCCGCAGGGCACGCCAGGGUAUGUGGAUCCGGAGUACCACCAGUGCUACCAGCUCACGGACAAGAGCGAUGUGUACAGCUUCGGCGUGGUGCUCGUGGAGCUCAUCUCGUCGAAGCCGGCGGUGGACGUGACGCGGGACCGCGACGAGAUCAACCUGGCCGGCAUGGCGGUCAACAAGAUCCAGAGGUGCCAGGUGGACCAGCUGGUGGACGACGAGCUCGGGUACAGCUCCGACGAGGCGACGAGGAAGACGAUGACCAUGGUCGCCGAGCUCGCGUUCCGGUGCCUGCAGCACAACGGCGAGAUGCGGCCGCCGAUCAAGGAGGUGGCCGACGUCCUCCGGGGAAUCCAGGACGAGUGCAGGGCGGCGGAGAAAGGCGGCAAGAGGGGCUCGCCGUGCUCGCCCAACACCGUGCACGCGCCAUGGGACAGCAUGAGCACGACGCCGAACACUAGCCAGUAACCUCUCUGUCGAUCGAGAUUCGCUUGUUUUGUACCGGACAGCGUACUGAUUUUUUUUCCUGCCGGUUUGAUGUAAAUUAUGUUAUUUUAUAUAUCUUUGAAACAGCGGAAAUGACGAAAUGUACAUAGAAACUUCUGAAGUUGUGAUAGCGUUUGGCAUGAGUAUUGAGUAACCAGUUACUGAUGAUUCUUUUUAUCCUGUAAUUUGCCCUGAUACAACAUUGAGAAAGUAUGGAAUAA